CGGUCAGCGUGAGGGAUUAUCUUGUGGAAAUGUUGUUAAAUUAAUUUUAAGUUUUAAGUAGAUUUAAAUUCAUUUUAUGAUAUUUGAACACAAUAUUUUCGUUAAAAUAUAAAAACAAAUAAAUGAUACUUACCUGGAACCACGAAAUUUAAUAAAAAGCAAUGAUAAAACAUAAUUAAUGUCGUCGAUCUCAUCGCAACAUUACCUACAUAAUUACACUGCAUGGUGGAAACAUUUGAUAGAAACCAAACAGAAAUAUCGAAACACAAACAUAGUAAUAUGGCAUCAUAGGCUUGGCCGCCAUUUUUGUUACGUCAUUGCUUCACCCUCAUGGGUCAUACGAAGUGAUUACCACACUUUCCAUGUUCACGAAAACAUACCGAAUUAUUACUGUGCAGGAGCUGAGUCUCAUGAAAGUUAGCUCGAUAUCCAUUGGGUUAUUGAGCUAAAUUUCAAUAACUAUCAGGGAUAACGUAUACGUUAAUAAAUUCAACAUUACACUUAUUAUAUCCCUCUUUUUUAAAGUGGUGUUAAAAUAAUUUAUCACAUGGAUGGUUGAAAGAUAAUUCAAAAAUUGAUCAACAUUUUCAUUGUCGUUGCGCAGUUAUUAAGUAAAUAUCCUGUUAAAAGAAUUUGAUUGGAAUCACAAUAGUCAAUAUAUCAGGCAUCAGUAUCAUUAGUGUUAAUAAGGGAAUUGUCUCUAAAGGUUGUAUUCUGUGUCACAUAGCAAAAUAUUGUUUCUCACCAUGGAGAAAGGUAUCACGGUCCUGAUACUCUUCGUGUUUUUACCUAUGGCUCGUGGCGGUGGCGGUAAUGUUGGAACAUUCUUUUGGAAGCCCCGCUUGGGUCUGGAUUUGGCUGUACCAACUACAGAACCAACGAAUCUCAUCGCUAAACCCACAAAAGAGAAUAUUAAAGAGGGCCUCGUCUCACUAAUUGAUGGAUAUCAAGCAGGCAUAUCUGUUAUAGCACUGGUGGCUGGUUUAACCACCGGUAGGACAAAUUUUCAUUUAAGUCCAAUCUCUGCAUACUUUUACACCAAUGUCUACCGAUGGGGUCUCCGAUAUUUCAGUCUUAUACCAGCAUGGUUAAGCGGGCACGGUGGCAAUUUCGUAGAAACAUCGAAAGUAUGGAAAAGACGAUUCUAUUACAUGGAUGAGUUUUUACCGAAGUGGGCAAGAUAUAUAUUCCCGUAUGUUAAGCAAUCAGAGUGGGAACAGGAAGAAAAAGAGUUUAAGAAGUUCAAAAAAUAUUCUGAGUCAGCGUUCGGCAAACAUUUCACAUUCCCAAGCAAAUCAUUCAACAAUUUCUUAAGUCUAGAGACUGUGGAAACAUUGGAAGACGAAGAUAUUUCCUCCAUUUCAAUUUCGGGAAAUAAAAACGGAUAGUGAUCUAUAUAUUCUGUACUUAAUAUAAUAUUCGUACUGCAUUAUAAUAUUGCUUUCAUGAA